GCAGCCUAUAGACGAGGAUGAGAAGGAGGAGGGGGGACGACUUUGAGAUGACAUUGAGGCUGUGUAGAUGUUGAGUCUCUAGUUGUUGAUGUUAGACAGUCGCACAAGGCAAAGCGGCUGCUGCCCGUGUUGAUUCAGCCUCCUCCUCUUCCUCCUCCUCCUCUUCCUCCUGGUCUUCAGCACUGAUCCCCGCUGGACAGCUCCUGCUUGGACACCUCCGACGCUGUAUGGUCCCUUUAAGUCGUUUAAUGGAAGUAAAAUCUAUUUAUGUUUCAAGCAAUAUUGGGAGUUUACAACUUCAUCCACAGGAGGAAUCUACGGAUACCUCGUUUCAAGAUUCGUGGCAGCCACCGCAUCCUCGGAGGCACAGAUCACAGAUUCAUUGUUAACGGCAACUGACGAGCCGUGUGUGCACAGGCUUCAUCUCCAGACAUUUGGUCCCAAGGUUAGGUCUAAAAACCGCGAAGCUGCUGUCUACGUGGACUGGUGCUGAAGCCCCCCGGCCGACUGUCAGGACCUCUGCCAAAUCCAGAGACAUGGCGACGAACGGCACCAAAGCGGAUGGUCAAGUCACAGAACUGAACGAGGUGGCCACUAACAUUGACAAGCCCAAGUCUCUGGACGUGAAACUCGAAAAGCAGAAAAACGAGCUGCCUAGAGAAACAUGGGCGGGAAAAUUUGAUUUUCUCCUGUCGUGUGUGGGUUAUGCAAUCGGACUGGGAAACGUAUGGAGAUUCCCCUAUCUCUGUGGAAAAAACGGCGGAGGAGCCUUCUUGAUUCCAUAUUUUCUGACCCUCACAUUUGCUGGGGUCCCCUUGUUUCUACUGGAAUGUGCCCUUGGUCAAUACACCUCAAUUGGAGGGCUUGGUGUGUGGAAACUGGCUCCUAUGUUUAAAGGUGUGGGCCUUGCAGCAGCUGUCUUGUCCUUCUGGCUUAACAUUUACUACAUUGUAAUAAUUGCUUGGGCCAUUUACUACCUGUACAACUCCUUCACCACUGAACUGCCAUGGAGCUCAUGUUCCAAUGAAUGGAACACAAACAAAUGUUAUACAAACUACUCCAUCGCAAAUACCACCAAUCUCACCAGUGCAGUGGUGGAGUUUUGGGAGCUCAACAUGCAUCAAAUGACCGAUGGCUUGGAAAAACCAGGCCAGAUUCGAUUGCCACUGGCAAUAACACUGGCCAUCGCCUGGGUCCUUGUGUACUUCUGUAUCUGGAAAGGAGUUCGCUGGACAGGGAAGGUGGUUUACUUCUCAGCUACAUAUCCCUACUUCAUGCUGUUAAUUCUCUUCAUCCGUGGGGUGACUCUACCUGGAGCUAGAGAGGGAAUUCUGUUCUAUAUCACCCCCAACUUUGAAAAACUCAAAGAAUCUGAGGUAUGGCUAGAUGCAGCUACCCAGAUCUUUUUUUCCUAUGGAUUGGGAUUGGGGUCACUCAUAGCUCUGGGCAGCUAUAACCCUUUCAAUAACAAUGUCUACAGAGACUCUAUCAUUGUGUGCUGUAUCAACUCGUGUACCAGCAUGUUUGCUGGCUUUGUAAUCUUCUCUAUUGUUGGCUUCAUGGCACAUGUGACAAAGAAAGACAUUGCCGACGUAGCAGCUUCAGGUCCUGGCUUAGCUUUUCUGGCCUACCCAGAGGCUGUAACCCAGUUGCCUGUGUCUCCUCUAUGGGCCAUUCUGUUCUUCUCCAUGCUGCUCAUGUUGGGGAUAGACAGCCAGUUCUGCACUGUUGAAGGCUUCAUCACUGCUCUGGUGGAUGAAUUUCCCAGAGUUCUUAGGGGUAGACGAGAGAUCUUCAUCGCAGUUGUCUGUCUGGUGUCCUAUGUGAUCGGACUUUCAAACAUCACACAGGGUGGAAUCUAUGUGUUCAAACUGUUUGACUACUACUCUGCCAGUGGAAUGUGCCUGCUGUUCUUGGUCUUCUUUGAAUGCAUCUCCAUAUCCUGGUGCUACGGUGUGAACAAGUUUUAUGACAACAUCCAGGAGAUGAUUGGCCACAGGCCUUGUAUAUGGUGGAAGUUAUGCUGGGUCGUGUUCACCCCUCUCGUUGUCGCUGGGGUGUUCUUGUUCAGCGCCGUACAAAUGGUUCCUCUCACAAUGGGAGACUAUGUGUUCCCAAGCUGGGGUCAGGGAGUGGGCUGGGUCAUGUCACUGUCCUCCAUGGUCCUCAUACCAGGAUACAUGAUCUACAUGUAUCUUGGACUCAAGGGCACUUACAAAGAGCGAAUUCGGAUAAUGCUUCAGCCUCCUGCAGUUGUCAGGCGACGUCAAGAGAAUGGACCUGAGCAGCAGGGAGAAACCCGUGACCCCCGCAAACCCGGCUCUCCCUUCAGCUAA